AUGGCUUUCAACUACUCGGACUCAGACGACUCCUACGACGACAAGGCAUCGUCACUCGACCCAAGCACGAUGCCCAGAAGAAAAAUGUCCCUUCGGGACACCUCUCGCAUCAAACGGCCGGUGCGCUACCGCGACGACCUGGAGCCCAUCGACCCCGGCCGCCCAAUCUUCGUCCACCAAGACCCCAUCUUCAACAAGGACCGCGCAAAGUUCGUGCAAUGGCAAUCGCUCGAGCUAGAUCAGGCCUCCCCAGGAGAGGCACAGUACAAGGUGUGGCAGGAGCAGGGCGAGCCAAGAGAUGCGUUUGGCGAGCCCGUUAUGCCGUCGCCAGGCCGCGUCCACGCCGCAGAGUCGCCUGGCCCUACCGUCGCUCAUCUGCGUCGCCAGUCUGUUUUCGUUCGUCCUGACCUGUCCCAGCCCAUCGUGGAUUCCGUAGAGAAGCGGGACGCGUUCGACGAGGCAUUCGAGCGAAAUUUGGCUGAGUUGGAGGAAGACGAUGAGCCGCAGAUGGACGGUGACAACGAUUCCAUCGUGAUGCACCCCCAGCUGUCCUCAGAAUACCUGGAUUGGUCAGCUCUCAGCGACAAAGUCCAGUGGGCCAUCAUCUACGACCUAGCCAACGACCACGAAGGCGGAAUCACUACCGCCGCAAAUCUUCUGGGUCUCACCCUCCCCGAGGUAAUCAAGUUUGUCAACACAUACGUGCGUGAGAAGACGAUAUGGGAGAAUGGCUCAUACCAAGGCGAAACCACCCAUUCUGCUGGCGCCCUCUUCCGACGCAAUGACGAGCAAGACAAAGUCAACCAAGUAGUGUCUGAGGCAGAAACGGCCCAAUUCAUGAAUGACUAUGAAGCCGAUCGACGAGUCCUCGGGCCUGAGGCCUAUCAAAUCAUCAUCGACGAUAAGUUCGACGUGCCCGUCAUCGGAGAUCAACCGAUCCCCGCCAGCGAAGUAGACCUGUCAGUCCUCGAAGAUCAAAUGAUCAUUGACGGCGGAGUCGACCUGCCAAUCUUUGGAGGGGCCCCUGAAGGACUCUGUGAAAUGUGGAACGAGCCUGAAAUGGAGCUCUUUCAGGAGCCGGAGGUCGAAAAGACGAGUUCCGCGGAAGGCGCACAGGUCAUCAUCGAGAAAGAGGUUGUUCAGCCUGACGCUGAAGGAGGGGUCGAUCUACCGGCUGAUGAAGAGAUGGACGAGCAACCAGAAACUCAAGUUCGGCCGCCUCUGGUGGAACUCAUCACUGACAGCUUCUCUAGAGAAGACAUCGCGAGUGGCCGCAAUUUCCUAACAUUUGUCGGCCUCCAGCAGUACGCCGACCGAUUCAGCCAGUGGUUUGGCAGAGGCACUACAUUUCGUGAGAUCCCAGGAAUAUUUGACGAGAACAAUGACUUCGUAUUCUCGACCGAGGACACAGAAAAGGCACUCUACAGUGGCAAUGAGUCUAUCUGGCAAGGACCUGUGCCGCAGCUUGGUGUAGGGCCUAAGCAGCGCGAAUGGCUCAUGGAAGCCCUUCCACCGGAUUCGGCGCAGAACCAGAGCCUGGUAGACCAUGACUUUGAGGAAUUCAAGGCCUUUGCUGAACGCAUCAACGGCCGCCGUAUCAACCUGAAUGAGACGGGCGAAAGGCUCUUCGACUACAUCUCCGAAGGCUCGUAUGGUGGCCUAAGGCGUGUGAAGCCCGUUCUGACUGGCACGAAUGUUGCAUACCACGGUACGCAUGGUGAUUAUGGCGACAAUGGCGCUCGCCUUUUCAAUAUGAGCUCAGCAAUGCAACUUUGCCCCUUUAUGCCUCGUUUCAACAACGGCAUUGCCCCCCGGGUCCUUGAAGUCGGCCACGUCGACAUUAACGAAGGAUUCGUUCCACACCAGUCCGUCCCGCCACCAUUUCCUCCGCCUUUCCCUAAGCCUCACGACAGCAUCGCACAACCGGCGACUGGGCCCAAUGUCACCUUGGGCCCCAUCGAUCGCAACAGCAACCAUGUUGCAAGAAGCGACCGUGCAUCACAGACUCCAGCUAGGAGUGCUUCAAACUCCAAGGCUAGCCCCACGGUUUCUCAGUCCAUCGAAGUCCCUUCGAAACCUGCAGACCAGGCCAUGGCAGAGAAGGCGACACAUGAUGUGGGAGACAACACGGCGCAGUCCAGCGCGCAGGGCCCAGCCGACACCGAUCAAUUCGCCGAGAACGGGAUCGAAGUCGAAACAUUCCCUAAGUGCUAUACCUGCUUCCAAACCAAGUCUCGGUGCGACGGAGAUCGGCCUUGUAGCAGCUGUCUCAAGAGGCAACGAGGUUGCAAGGAUAUCACAAAAGCGAUCCUGGAUAAGCACCCAGAAAGGGCGGCGCGAGUCCUUGUGGACAAGGCGAAAGCAGACAGGAUGGCAGCUGAGGCUGAAGGGGCGAGCAAGAGUCUUGCCACUGCCUCGACUCCAAGUACUACGACUUCAGCUGCCCCAGUCCCCCAUAAUGUAACAUCUGGGGUCAAGCAGAAGCAGCUUGCCGCCACGACUCAUGUUUCGACCGACGAAGACGAUUCGGAUCUUGAUCAGUUCCCACCCGAGAAGGAGGAUCCAGCGGACAGCGAUUACGGCGACGCACCGAAAAAGAAGAAGCCCAAGAAGGGCAACACCGCUACUGGCAAGAAGCGAGGCGCUGGCCAGGCCAAUCUUGGAGUGCCUGCGACUUCUACUCCAAUCAAGAAGCGAAGAACGUACCGAAAGAAAGACGACACUCCUACUCCCAGGCGCAAGGAGCCUGUUGCUGGUGCCACCAGUACGCCAACUAAACAGUCCGACGAGAGUGUCUUGGCCGGCAGCGUUCCUAUAGCCGGGCCCAUGCAGAGCGCUUCCACUGACUCCCCAACCGCCGGCAGCCACAAGUAUUCCGGCUCUUCCCAAGGUGUUGGAAAGGAUAACCUCGUGGGAGUCAAGGCAGGCAGACCCGUUGAUAAUGCUGUUCAGGGCGGGAGACAGCCAGGAGGCCAACUCGGGGUUACAAACGUUCAGCCCGUCAGUGGUAUAAGUCACGGAGCGACUCCGAAGCUUGCUGAGAAGCAAAAUGAUGGUGGUCGGCGCUUGGUUCCUCCCAAUUUCAAAUCUGGUGCUGGAGACUCCAGGUAUCUCAACGUACCGUUUGCCCCACGUCUUUCACCAACAUACACACCAACGGACCGGCCUUACUUUCCAGGAGCGCCGAUGACACCUGUGUUGGGAUCAGUUGCGGGGUUUCCUGUUUCGGGCCCAAAGACCCAAAUGGCGCAAGAAGGACUGUUUCCAGUGAACUUUGAUCGCAUGUCACUGAUGCCGCAGAUUGCCCAUCAUCAUCCUAGCUUUGGUGGCUCUCCUGGUAUGCGGAGGACUUCGUCAGCGUCCCAAGCAAGCGACUCGAGCAAAACUGCGUCAAUAGACUUCUCGCGCAUCCCUUUCACCGGAACUCGGGACUCUCUGGCGCAACGCGAUUCAAGUGUCGUAGGCAGUUCUAGUCGAGGCAAUACCGAUCAUCAAAGCAUGUUGGGCUUCCGGCCAAAUGUUCCGCCAAGCAUGGUACUUAGAGAGUCACCAACUGUGUCUCAGCGACCACAUUCGGUGUCGCCGUACAAAGGUGGAACGCGGCGUUCAGGAAACAGCGUUCCUCCUCCGAUGACGGAGGUGAGCUCAGAGUUCGCCAUGGCUUACGGGCCUGUGUCGCCAUACAGAAGCUUCCAACGGCAGCCAUCCAGGCCUUACCCUGUCGCGAAGAUGCAGCAGGAUACUCUUCAUUCAGUCCCCCAACAGAUGCUGCACCCUGCUAUGCCCACUGACGUCUUUCAUGAUCCCCAGGGCACGGAGUCACGGCCAAUGUGGCGACACGGUGACGCAUCUCCUGCGCACCAACAAUUCAACACAGCUUCUCCUCUGCCAGCAAAGCGCUGUGCCGAAGCACCGUUUGCUCCUGGUCAACAGCCCGCUGCAAAGAGAUUGAAGGCCUCUGAGAGCCCUCUGGCUCCCCCGAGAGAGGCACGAAGUUGGAAGGAGUUGGCAAUCAACCAAUGGGCCACUGAUACGCAGGAGACUCAGUCAGACACGGCUAAUUUCUCAGUCAAACCGGUGUUUGGCGGUGAUGGACCAUUCGACGUCUCGUUCAGCCAAUUCGCAAGGAUCAGUGAGCAGGUUGACCCGCAGCUCCAAGAGCGUGCGAUGGCGGCGGCGCGCAAGAUUAACAAGUUGUCUGCUAGCCCUAAUCCUCGCCGUGUUUCCAUGACUGGUGAGGGCGGGCUGGCCACAAUGGAGAGAUUGAGGCCAUCAAUACCGACCCAUUAUCAGAUCAAGUGCUCUCAUACCUCCGCGGCUUUCGGUACUCCAUCCCACUCCCUAACGUACUUGGCGAAACCCAUCGAGAGACUUCACGACUCUGCCGAACGGACACCCGAACCACCACCAAACCCCGGACCAUCCACACGCUCCGGCGACUGGCCCCCGAUCAUGGCACCCCGCAUAGAAGCUCAGGAAAUCGAAACAUAUUGGAAUAUCUUCUCAGCACGGACUGGCGGCGGCCAAUUCCUCACAGGAGAGCAAGCAGCGCCCGUUCUCAAGAACAGCGGCCUCAAUGACGCGCAGCUAGAGCGGGUGUGGGACCUUGCGGAUGUCGAUAACGAUGGCAACCUGGACUUUGAGGAGUUCUGCGUCGGCAUGCGGCUGAUCUUCGAUAUUCUUAACGGCGAAUAUAUGGACGUCCCCGCCACACUACCAGAUUGGAUGGUUCCUGAGUCGAAAGCACACCUCGUCCAAGCCAACCGUGCCCUCACAGGGAAAGCAGCCCAGUUUGAACAAGUCGACGACGAUCCGGACGAGCUAGGCCUUAAGGAUGGCUUCGAUUGGUACAUUGGCCCAGCGGACAAGGCUAAGUAUGAGCAGAUAUACCAGGAGAACCGGGACAUGCGAGGGGAGAUAUCCUUCGGCGCCUUGCAAGACCUCUACGAAAGCCUCGACGUCCCCGAUACCGAUAUUCGCUCAGCGUGGAACCUAAUAAAUCCCUCCGCUGCUUCUUCCGUCAACAAAGAUGCAUGCGUAGCCUUCCUGCACAUGCUCAACUACCGCCACGAGGGCUACCGAAUCCCGCGAACAGUCCCCGCAUCCCUGCGCGCAUCCUUCGAGCGCAACCAGAUCGACUACCAGAUCGAUAAUCAGCGCACUGCCGCACAGAGCCGAUGGGCCGUCAAGGCCGACAAUGAGACAGCCACAGGCCGCAAGGCUAAGUUUGGCGACCAAUACCUGACGCGGCUCGGUCGCAGUGGGUUCAAGAGCUCUGGCACGGACUUCUCGACCGAAAAGACCGACGACUGGGAGGAGGUCAGGCUGAAGAAGCAGCUGGCGGAUCUAGAGGCCAAGAUCGAGAAAGUCGAAUCGUCGGCUGAGAUAAGGUCUAGCGGGAAGAGAGAGAGCAAACCUGCGCUGGUGAAGAGGGAGCUGGAGCAGCUGCUGGAGUACAAACGGAAACAGCUGCGGGAUCUCGAGGAAGGAGGCGGCAAAGGAGGCGGUGGCGGCAGUCUGAAAGGAAUCCAGGACGACCUGCAGACAGUGAAGGAACAGGUUGAGGGUCUGGAAUCACACCUACGGUCGAGAGAACAGGUGCUGGAGCAGCUGCGGCGGGAGAUUGAGGACGAGAAGGCAAACCGAUAA